UACCCGCGACUGUAGUCUCGCGUAGCCAGUGCAUGUACGUACCUCUAGAAUGGCGACUACUAGCGCUGCUCUCCUGAACGAUAGAAGCGAAUUGUCUCUAUAUACCGACGAUAAUGAUGUUUCUACGUCGAGCCUGGAACAAAUGACUAAGGUUCAAAAACAGCUAGAAUCGUUUCUGAAAGCCAGCCGGUUGACGAAAACAAAUAGUGAUGACAAUAUGGAGAGGGAAUUUCUAUCAAGUGAAGCUAAUUAUGUGUCUGCCGCAGAACAAGCGGAAACAGACCAGUUGCUACCAGAACGCACAGCUUCGCCAUCGCGACUCCCGGUUUCGUCUUUUGGUUCAGAUUCAGUUUCGAUGCAGGCACCAUGUGUCGGUGUGAAUCCGCUAGUUUGGUAUGGUGAAGCUGGCUCGUGUACAUCAAUUGUUAGCUCUCCACCUGAAACCACUGAAAAUCAGGUUUUGUGUGAGAAUUUGGAUCGAGAAAGGUUAAGAAGAAAAAUAUGUGAAAGAGAAAUUCAUGAUCUUCAGAAGAACAUGCUGCAGCUUCAGCAACAACUUACUGUCACUGCGUCAUCAAGCAGAAAACGAGAAUUUAUGAUUGAACAGUUAGAAAAGACGCUUAAAGGGAUUAUUUCUGGGUGGCAGCAACAGCAGAAACAGAAGGAAGAUGUCACAAGAAAGUUAAAGCAAGAAAAGGAGCUGCUGGAAGAGGCUUGCUUAAAGCAUCGAGAGGCCUACAGUGCCAUUGAAAUGCAACUUGAAGGAACAAGCAGAUGUUUGGAAGAUCAAAAAAGGCAGUUGGCAGAUGAGAAAGCUAAAUGUGCAGACUUGUUGUCGAAGCAAUGUGAAAAAGUGAAAGUCCAGUCACUCUUUGAAGAAGAGAAAGCAACACUGUUAGCAAGUAAUGCUGAACUCAAGUCCAAGUUUGAUCAAGAGCAGAUUAUUAGCCAACAAUUACGAAUUGAGACAGAUAAUCAACUGAAGGAGCACAAAGACUUGUUACAUGCUGAGAAAGAGAAAGGAGAAAGAGCUAGAAGAAUGUCGGAGGAACUUCAAGAAACAAUUUCAAGUUUGCAAUCUGAAUUAAAGAAGAUGGGAAACACAAUUGAACGGCUUGAAACAGAAAAGGAAGGGUGGGGAAUCAAAUUACAACUAAAAGAGAAUGAAUAUCAAGCAUCACUGAUGAAACUACGAGCUGAACUUCAAGAAAUGUGGCACACUGAGUUGAUGACAAAAUUUUCAGGAGCACAAGAAGAGGUAGAGAAAUGGCGGCAUCAUGUGAAUGAAUGUCACAGAGCUGAAAUUGAAAAGCUCACUGAUCGUCACAACAAUGAAUUGUUGAGCUUGAAAGAAUACUUAGAAGAGGAAUUGAAACAAAGAUGCACUCGCCUGCAGUGUGCUUUGACUGAAACCGAAACAAGAGUUAGAGAUUUAGGAGAACAAUUGAACAAUGAAAAGAAAGCAAGAGACAAUGCAGAAGAUAAAAGGAAGUCUAUCUCUCUGCAACUAAAAGCUUUGGUUCAGUCUCACUGCAAGCAAGUUCUUUCUAUCAUUGAAAAGUCAGAAGCAACUGUAGAGGAGAGCGAGAGUAGUCACGUGGAUGAUUUGCCAUUCAAUGACAUUCACAUCACAGCCAAAGAUCUCACAGAAGUACCAAGAUUAACAGAUAGCCCUCUAUCGAUAUCAUCAAUGAAGACAAGUAGUGUUGAAAGUUCCCUGAUAUCAGACACAGAACAUUUGCAGAGCCAUCACCAGACUUUACGUCUAUCAAAUUAUGAUGAAGACCAAAGCCAAGAUGGGGUCUCUGAAGGGGGGAAAUCCCACUUCAAACAACAACAAACUACUCUUUCAUGGAGUAGACAACUUCCUAUUUUGCCAGUCAGUCAAGUUAAUGCAACUAGCAUGGAAUCUCCUUCCUAUUUGACUGAUCAUAUGAAAACUUUUAGACAGACGUCAGAUGGUGGACCCAGGUCAAGUCAGCUUGAAAAUUUUGAGAUGAAACAGCAGUUUCAUGAAAAGCAGCAAGACGAGCUUAGACAUUAUGUUUACUUGUUACUGAACAGGAUUCCUAGUCAGUCACUCAAGGAGCCAAAACAGCUUGCCUCUCCAUUGCAAUUGUCAACUACUUUCCCAGUAUUCUCACCCUUACAUUCGAAGUAUUCAGUUGUAUCUCUCUCAACUCCAAGCAAUCCUGAGGAUAGUGGCCCUCUGCAACAACCAGUAGUAGCAACUUCAACUGCGAUACACUAUCAGGGGAAUGAUGUAAUCAACACUAGCUCAACAAAUGCUCCAUUGGAUCAGCCUGAUUGUAUUUCUGCAAAGCAGUACAGUGGGUCUGCCCAACAAUCACAAAGUACUUGUAAAACGAAGACUCUUGUCAAACAGACCAAGUUGCAAGAAAGCAUUAGACGAAACCUAGAGGGGAGUUUCCAAGAAGAAAGAACAAGAGCAUCAACAUUAUGCAAGAGCAAUGGAGUGACUCCUAGUGAUAAACAGUCAUUUCGCCCAACAAAAUCAAGAUCACAAGCAAAACCAUGGAAAUAGCAGCACCUACACAAGACACGGACUCUCAAU